AUGAUGCUCCCUUCCCUGGCGACUGUGCUCGCUUGCGUCUCCGCCGCGACGGCCACGAUCCUCGAGAACGGCCGGCCGAGAGUGGCCGACUUCGCCGACACAAAGGUCGACCUGGCCGCAGGCGACUACGAGACGUACGAUGCCGACGCCCCGGAGAUCUCCUACAAGGGACGUUGGGACUCCAAGAAGAUAUCCUGGUGGGCGGCCCCGGGCAUCAAGUUCGGCUUCACCGGCGAGACGGUCGCCGUCACCUUCGGCCCCCACACCGUCAGCGGCACGCUGGUCGCCUACCGGAUCGCCGGCCUCGACUGGAUGCACACCAACGUCACGGCCGGCGCGACCCACCUGUUGGUGAGCCCGGCGACGCCCGGCGUCGGCCUCGCCGGGCCCGUCAGCCCCGCCACCUUUGAGAUGCGCGUGACGAACUGGGCGCGCGGCGUCCAGGUCGACGCCGUCCACGUCGCCGCCGGCCGCCGCCUCGUCGCCGUCCCCGACUACCCGCGCCGCGUCGAGUUCGUCGGCGACAGCCUGUCGGCCGGCAUGUACGCCACGUACGAGGCGCUGGCCGGCUUCGCCUACGGCGUCGGCGCCGGGCUCGGCGACACCGAGUACUCCAUCACGGCGUACCCGGGCAUCUGCGUCGCCGACCAGGAGUGCUGGGGCAACCCGCGCGGCCAGUCGCACCAGUGGUUCUACACGUCCGACACGGGCGGCCGCGCGGCCGAGCUGCAGCCGGCGGACCUGGCGUAUUCGAACCUGAGCCUGGCCCCCGACGAACGGGGGUCGGCGAUGGCAUCAUCAACCGGCCGGCUGACGGCGGCUUGCGCAGAUGACCCCGAGCCCUGGGACUUUUCCAGGAACCCUCCCGCCGACCUCGUCGUCAUCAACCUCGGCACCAACGACGCCAACGACGCCAACAGCGUCAGCAAGGCCACCUACGUCCAACACUACAAGAAGCUCAUUCAGGGCAUCCACGGCAAGUGGCCCAAGGCCCAGGUCAUAAUCAUGGUGCGAACAUGCCUUCUCCUCCUCCUUUUCAUCCUCAUCUUCCUCAUCCUCCUCCUCCCCUCCGCGGCCACUGACCGACCAACUGACCUUCGGCCGCAGCAAAUGUGGCAGGGCUUCUUCCAGGACGGCAACACGUAUGGGCAGAACACGGACCUCAGGGACGAGGUCUACAGCGUCUACGAGUACUUCAACUCGGACGAGUACCUCGGCAGCCCGACGACGUGGGACGCCGUCACCAACACGACCGGCAGGGCGAGCGGGCCAGCCGAGCCGUUCGUCCACUUCUUCAACACCACCGGCAUCCUGCAGCACAACGACAUCGGCGGCCAGUGGCACCCCACCGACGUCGGCCACAUCAAGGUUGCGAGCCACCUGAUACAGUUCAUCACGCUGAAGCUCGGCUGGCCCUUGUUCGCCACCGGUCCCGAGGUUUACCAUGAGACUCUCUACUGGAACGAUCAGUCUGCCUAUUGA